AUGGCAAAUAUAAGUCCAAGCAAGCUUGGGUCCAAACCCAGCAGAAUUUACGACCUCAAAGACGAUAAGGUUAUUACUGGAUCGCAUGAUGACUGCUUUGAAACAAUUAAAAAUUCAGCAGAGAACAAAUUGGGGCAUGACAGAUUCCAGAACAAAUUAAACUCCAUAAGAGGUCUUGUAGCAACAACUAUGAUUGGCGCCUAUGUCACAACAUCGAUAGAGGCUGCAUCUGUCUUGGCAAAUAUUCCUCCAAUGGAGCUGCUAAUUAUGGAAGCGCUUGAUGUUAAAAGAGACAGAGCAGGCCAGAAUAUAGAUCAGGAAGGUUUUAUAUUCCAUGGAGAACCUAGGCUUAGUAAGAUCAAGCUUAAGGGAAAACUUAAAGAAAGGACGCUACUGAACUGGCAAAGGAUCUGGGACGUAUCAGACAAAGGAAGAGUCACCCAUAGAAUGUUCCCCAAUGUGAUUCAAAGACAGAACAACCGCAUAAAAUUCAAUGCCAUGGGCAGUUCAUGGAAACAUCUUAAACAAGCUUUAGAACAGAAUAAAUCCGCCAAAUUAAGAGGAUAUAAACUGGAAAUCGAGGGUAGACUAUACACGGCAAGAGAUUUUGAUGAAGAUACCGAAUAUGAAGAUGAAAUGGAUACUGAGGAAGAAGAAAGUGAUUGUGAUACAAUCGACAGUGAUACGAAGAAAAAAAAACCUGUGAAAUCAAAGACAUCCGAAGAAGAAAAAAAGAAAGAUAAGAGCAGUGUUAAGCGAAGACACGCAUCUUCUCCAAGUCCCAAGAGCUUCCAGUACAGAAAUACCAGGCAAAAAGAAAAAAGAAUAAAAAAAUAG